AUGCAGGCGCCGAAAGAGGGAGGUGACAUUGUCGCUGGCCAACAUGAUUUGUGGUACAAUGAUAUUGAAAGCUGUAAAGAAGCAAUUGAAGUCAUAAAACAGAGAAUUGAUCACGGAGAACAAGACUGUACCACAAUACCAAAGCUCACUUCCACAAUCAAGGGCAUAGAAGAAAGAUUGCAAGGGGUUGAUGCUAAGCUUGACCGUCUGGAAGAAGAAGAAGUCAAGUCAAAACUUUUGGGCCCGGUUCAAGUGCCUGUAUGCAAUGAGCUUGCCACCGUAGACAACAGUACAAAUUCAGUUUUACACACGUUCAAUGAGAAAUUGAUUGCUCAGGAACAGGCGAUCAUCAAGCAAAUUUUCAAACAUGUCGACACUUUGUUAACCGCUCAGGCAAAUCUGAUGGCCGGCGCAAGAGAUGAAGAUCAAAAGAAAAUGGCUGGACUUGUCCGCAACGAAAUUAACAAUUUACAUCGAGAACUAUUAAUCCAAAAUGCAUCACACGAUGUGACUAUGAUGAAAAAUCAGGUAGACCCGCUGGCUUCGGAAAUCCAGGAUUUGAAAUCAAUGGUGCAGGCACUUGAAAGUACAGUGGAAACGCAGAGGAAUACGAUUGAACUAUGCUCCCAAAAGGUUGAACUUCUGGAGGAGGUUCCGCAGAUAUCACUACUCAAGGAUACAGGUGAUGAUAUGGAGAUUGAAAAACCGGAGGAUCUUCUUGAACGCAGAGUGUCCGCUGUCGAAUCUUCCCUUUUCUCGGUAGAAGCCGAGGCCCAGCGUGAAGCUCUGGAUGCUGAAAAGUUCGGAAGAUUUCAAGAGAAGAUGCUAACAUUGAUUAAGGCAAUGGUAGAAGAAAGCAGCCAAACCAAAUUGGCAGAAGGGCUGGGCGAUCAAAGCAUGAUAACAGAGUCUGAAGAACCCAAGUUAGACCUUGAAGAAGAAUUCAAUAGCAGAUUUUCGGCCUUCAGGAAAACGAUAGAUGAUCAUGUCGAGAAACAGAUAGCCAUCACAAUUGAAAGAAAAGCAGUACAAGAGAAAACUUCUGAUGUUUCCGAAGAUCUGAAACUUCGCGACGAGGAGAAUCGGAGGCAGAUCUCCGAUCAAGCCAAAGCUAUAGACAAUAUCUCUGCCGGGCUUUCACAUCCCAACCGUGCACAUUCUGGCACUCCUCAGAAGCCUUCAGAGGUAGAAUUUGGAGAACGAGAAUCGCCCCAUAGUGAACCUGCGAACGACGGUCGUCAUUUACUGAUUCAUCAAGUAAGUGGAGGAGAUCUCCAGUGGGAGGCGAGAGCAGCAGAUUCGAUUGAUGCCGAUCAGAUCGAAAGACUCAAUCCUCCUGGGGACCACCAAUUUGUGGAUGUUUUGCAAGGCGUAUCGCGAUCUCAUGUGCAAGUCUCAGUGCUGAUGGACCAACGUACAUCGAAUUCGCAAACUGCUUCGGAUCUCGAGGGUGCCACUAGAAGUAGCUUGACGAAUCCGAUUGAACAACAUUCGCAAUCCUCCUCGCAAGGCUCAGUGCCUGUGGCCAACCCGGCGAAUCAUCCAUCGUUUUCACAAACUUCCUCGAAUUACGACGGUGCCAUUAGAAGUAGCUUUGCGAAUCCAAGGGGUCAAGAUUCGCAGUCUUCCUUUCCAGCGUCAGUGGCCAUGCACAACUCAGAAAAUCAUACAUCGCCUUCACGAACUCCUUCACACCUCGAGGGUGAGACUAGCCACACCAGGAACAACCAACCCCGGAUAACAUCUGUCCCAAAGCGAACACAGAAGUGGAGGAAAUCUAGCAUAACACCACAGAAGCCCAAGGGCCCGACUCUUCGGAAGGAAAGACUUUCGAUGUCUUCGCAAGCCAAAGAGGCUGAUGAACAAACAGCAAGUCAGGUCCAGAAGCAUUUUCGACUUAUGGCUGGGGUGGAUCGGCGUAAAGCAGACUUUCCAAGAUCGCCAACAAGAGAAGAACUCGAAAAAUUACCAAAGCUGGCUGUGGAUUACGAGACGGCACCGCUUGGCGAGGCGGCCCGAAACCUCAUCAGACCUGACCAGCUUCAACCAACUUGGAAAGAUGAAGAAAUGGAACUUAUCGCAAAGGGUAUGCUUCCAUAUUGCCGACGUAGACUUCAGCAGUACGGCCUUCCUUACGUUGGCUUGAGCACUGAUCAGGGAGAUGCACAAGGAGAAGACUGGAAUAGGCGUGUUCUUGCAUUCUGCACGGAUACAUUUAACAAGGCGUAUGCGGGUCAAGAGUAUCACAUUGUGGAUCAUGACCCACAACGCAUCAUGAAAUUGAUGAAAGCACAUAUUGAAUACCGUGUGAAGCAUAUGAGAAAGUACAAUAAUCAAAUAGAUGCACUUCAGAUGGUCCAAAAACGAGACCGCCAGCAACAAAGAUGUUUACGGCUUGCGAGGCGAAGGCGGGAGGUUUGCGAGCUUACUGAUAGCUCACCAUUUUCAAGAUUCAGUGGCCUCUUUGAGGACGAGCGACUGUGUUCAUCAGACGAAUCUGACGACGAUGUGUUGAAUGAAGACCGAGCAAGGCGAAUGUCCAAAGCGAGCUGGACGGAAACCGGCGAAGCGUAUGCUUUCAAACCACCGACCUGA